AUAAAAUUGAGUUGGAAUAGUAAACAAAACGGACUUAAAUAAAGUACCUUAUCCUCCAACACGUCACCUUCUUCUACUACCAGUUAUCACAUUCUUCAAGACCCACAUGCCGAUAUCAUCCACGGUGGUGGCGCCGCCGUCAAACCCACCGGCGUUGACCCACCUCUCAUCUCUCUCCUCCUCAUCCACCUCACUACUCUCACUAACUCACCACACCAAAACAGCCUCUCGGGCCCGGACAAAAUGGGCUGCUCAUGGCAAGCUUCUUGCUGCUGGGCCUGGGCCACGGCGGCCCAUCACGGCGAUGGCCUCGUUGGGUGGUCUGCUUGGUGGGAUUUUCAAGGGGACUGAUACGGGUGAGUCCACUAGGCAGCAGUAUGGUUCUAGUGUGGCAGCUGUUAAUAAGCUUGAAAAUGAAGUGAGUGGUCUUAGUGAUGCUCAGUUGAGAGAAAGGACUAGUUUGCUCAAGGAGAGGGCCACUAGGGGUGAUUCUUUGGACACCCUUUUGCCGGAGGCAUUUGCUAUUGUGAGAGAGGCUUCAAAAAGGGUACUAGGCCUUCGUCCUUUUGAUGUGCAACUAAUAGGUGGCAUGGUUUUACACAAGGGAGAAAUCGCUGAAAUGCGGACUGGUGAAGGAAAGACUCUUGUUGCCGUAUUGCCAGCUUAUUUGAAUGCUUUAAGCGGUAAAGGAGUCUAUGUUGUCACUGUUAAUGAUUAUUUGGCACGACGUGAUUGUGAAUGGGUUGGUCAAGUUCCUAGAUUUCUUGGACUGAAGGUUGGCCUUAUUCAACAGAAUAUGACAAGUGAGCAGAGGAGGGAGAAUUACCUAUGUGACAUCACGUAUGUCACCAAUAGUGAGCUUGGCUUUGAUUACUUGAGAGAUAAUCUUGCCACGAGUGUUGAUGAGCUUGUUAUGAGGAAAUUUAAUUACUGUGUAAUUGAUGAGGUCGAUUCCAUCCUUAUUGAUGAAGCAAGAACUCCUCUCAUUAUAUCUGGACCUGCUGACAAACCAAGUGACCGCUACUAUAAAGCUGCAAAGAUAGCUGCUGCAUUUGAGCGAGAGAUACACUACACUGUUGAUGAGAAGCAGAAGAGUGUGUUAAUUACUGAACAAGGUUAUGUAGAUGCAGAAGAAAUAUUGGAUGUAAAGGAUUUAUAUGAUCCGAGAGAACAGUGGGCCUCAUAUCUUUUGAAUGCAAUAAAAGCAAAGGAGCUUUUCCUUAGAGAUGUGAACUAUAUAAUUCGUGCUCAGGAGGUUCUUAUUGUUGAUGAAUUUACUGGUCGAGUUAUGCAGGGGAGGCGGUGGAGCGAUGGACUUCAUCAGGCAGUUGAAGCAAAAGAGGGCUUGCCUAUUCAAAAUGAAACUGUUACUUUGGCUUCUAUUAGUUACCAGAACUUCUUUCUCCAGUUUUCAAAACUCUGUGGCAUGACGGGUACAGCAGCUACUGAGAGUGCAGAAUUUGAAAGUAUAUACAAGCUCAAAGUUACAAUUGUACCUACAAACAGAGCUAUGAUUAGAAAGGAUGAUUCAGAUGUGGUGUUCAAAGCAACUUCCGGAAAAUGGCGGGCUGUUGUGGCUGAGAUCUCUAAUAUGCACAAAACAGGUCGCCCUGUGCUUGUGGGUACAACUAGUGUUGAACAAAGUGAUACAGUGUCAAUGCAACUGCAUGAAGCAGGAAUUUCCCACGAGGUUCUCAAUGCAAAACCAGAGAAUGUGGAGCGGGAAGCUGAGAUUGUAGCACAGAGUGGUCGACUUGGGUCAGUUACAAUUGCGACAAAUAUGGCAGGUCGUGGAACAGAUAUCAUCCUCGGAGGAAAUGCAGAAUUUAUGGCAAGGUUAAAGUUACGUGAAAUGCUCAUGCCAAGAGUUGUUAAACCAGAUGAAGGUCUUGAUGUUUCUGCAAAGAAGCCUAUUCUGAAGAAAACAUGGAAGGUAAAUGAAAGUCUAUUCCCUUGUGAACUGUCAAAAGAAAACUUCAAUUUGGCUGAGGAAGCUGUAGAGUUGGCUGUCAAAACAUGGGGGCAAUCAUCUUUAACUGAACUUGAAGCAGAGGAACGACUAUCUUAUUCUUGUGAGAAGGGUCCAGUUCAGGAUGAAGUGAUAGCAAAGCUGCGUGAUGCCUUUCUAGAAAUUGGUAAGGAGUACAAGGUCUACACUGACGAAGAAAAGAAGAAGGUGGUUUCUGCUGGUGGACUUCAUGUGGUAGGGACAGAACGCCAUGAAUCGCGUCGCAUUGACAACCAGUUGCGCGGUCGAAGUGGUAGACAAGGAGAUCCUGGAAGUUCUCGCUUUUUCCUUAGUCUUGAGGAUAACAUUUUCAGGAUAUUUGGCGGAGACCGGAUUCAGGGAUUGAUGAGAGCCUUCAGAGUCGAGGACCUGCCAAUUGAAUCCAAGAUGCUGACUAAAGCUCUAGAUGAAGCUCAGAGAAAAGUCGAAAAUUACUUUUUUGAUAUUCGUAAGCAGUUAUUUGAGUACGACGAGGUCUUAAAUAGCCAAAGAGAUCGCGUUUAUACCGAGAGAAGACGCGCAUUAGAAUCUGAUGAUCUCCAACCUCUACUUAUUGAGUAUGCUGAGUUAACAAUGGAUGACAUCUUAGAGGCAAACAUUGGUUCUGAUGCUCCAAAAGAAAAUUGGGAUCUUCAAAAACUCGUUGCAAAAGUUCAACAGUACUGCAAUCUAUUGAGUGAUUUGACCCCAGAUUUGUUGGCGAGUAAAUGCUCGAACUAUGAGGAGUUGCGGGAUUACCUUCGACUUCGUGGUCGGGAAGCAUAUUUGCAAAAAAGGGAAAUUGUGGAAAAAGAAGAAGCAGGUUUGAUGAAGGAAGCAGAAAGAUUUCUGAUAUUAAGUAACAUAGACCGACUGUGGAAGGAGCAGUUGCAAGCACUGAAAUUUGUUCAGCAAGCAGUUGGUUUACGUGGAUAUGCACAGCGUGAUCCACUUAUUGAGUACAAACUAGAAGGCUAUAAUCUUUUUAUAGAGAUGAUGGCACAAAUUAGAAGAAACGUUAUAUAUUCCAUAUACCAGUUUAAAUAUAAGAUGGUCAAGGAGAAGGAGCAAGCUGACAAUUCAAGCAAGCUUGACACGAAUGGAAAGGGUGGCUCUAGCAAAACACUCAAUCCCGUUGGAGCUGUUGAGACGUCAUCAUCAACUGUCACCGACAAUGCUUAAGGCAAAAGGCAUAGUUUGCAGAUUAUCUGAACCGGUACAUCAACUUUUAAUCUGUCAAAUUUUGUUAAUAAUAUACUGAAGUCAAAUUAUUAAAGGUAUAGCAGUGUUUAUGCACAUGCCAUAUAAAUCUUGUAAAGGUGUUGUAGUUUGUAUCAUAGGCGGAAAUUUGAGAUUGUAAUGUAAAGAGGCGAUAGGUCAAUGAAAGACUGAUGUGUUGGUAAUCACAUUCACAUCUGUUGAAUUUUGUUGGCAAUAUAGCAAGGUUCCAUA